AUGGUGACAAGCCACAUGAUCAAGGACGCUCACAUCCCUUCCAAGCCGAAUGGAUCAAGUGUGUGUCGAGGAUGCCAAGAAGGGAAGAUGGUCCAAAAACCAUUCCCGAGCAACCGUGACAAGCGCACCUACAACACCUUCGAGAUGCUCCACUUCGACAUCUGCGGACCCAUGGAAGAAAAAUCUCUGGGUGGCAGCAAGUAUCUGCUGCUGAUCGUGGAUGAAGCCAGCGGAUGCAUGAAGGGUUUUUGUCUGCAUUCCAAGUCAGAGAGCGAAGAGUGCAUCAAGAAGUACAUCACGAUGAUACAGACGCAGUUCAACAAGAAGGUCAAAUUUGUGCGACACGAUGGAGCCCGCGAGUUUGCGACGAACUCGCUUCAAGAUUUCUACGAAGUCGAAGGCAUCGAGCAACAAACCACGGUGCCAUACGCACAUCAAGCCAAUGGAACUGCUGAACGCGCGAUUCGAACUAUCGUCACCAUCGGUCGUAGCAUGCUCCAUCAUGCCAAGUUGGACAAGUGCUUCUGGGCUGAAGCGGCAAUGACGGCCGUCUAUGUGAAGAACCGUUUGCCGUCACCCAAGAUUCCACACAAGACACCGUUCGAGAUUGUCUACAGUUCUAAGCCAAGUGUCAAGCACAUGCGCGUUUUUGGGUGCCAAGCAUACAUCUUGACCCCGAAGGAGAAACGACUCAAGUGGGAUCCCAAGGCCCGGGCUGGAUUGUUUUUGGGCUACGAAGAAGUGUCCAAGGCGUAUCGAGUUUACGACAUCGAAGCGAGGCAGGUGAUGAUAAGUCGCGAUGUCAACUUCGAUGAGUCGGCCUUUGGAAUGUCGAUGAUGAUUUCCGAUGACGAUGUUGAUGGUCUGGACUUCGAAUCGAUCGAUCUUGAUGAUGAAGAACCGCGUCCGAGACACUUCAAACAAAACAGGAAAGCGCAAGGCCCAACCCAAUCACGACAAUGA